AUGGUGGACCUGUUCCUAGACCGGGCUCUAGUCAAAAACAACUGGGACCAGGAUGAACUUAACACUGAACGUGAGAUCAUCGCGAUCCUGGAGAAUCGCAUCCUCAUGCUAUUCUUUGCCUCUGCUGAGUGUGAGAGGUGCCAGGAGUUUGUCCCGACUUUGAAUGAUUUCUUCAAGCGCCUGAAGGACCCAUUCUACAUAGAAAACCCAGCUUUGGUUGCCCUCAUCUACAUCAGUUUGGACGAAUCAGAGGAAAAGCAGGGGAGCUUCUUGAAAGAGCUGCACAAAAAGAGUUUGUUCUUGGCCUACGAGGACUCAUACAGGAAAGAAUUGCAGGCCAAAUUUAAGGUGAAGGAUCUGCCAACGGUGGUUGUCCUUCGCCCCGACUGUUCUGUCCUCUCUCCAAAUGCGGUGAAGGAUAUCUGUCGCUGGGGUUCAGACUGCUUCCACAAUUGGCAGGAAUCAGCAGGGCUUGUUGAGAGGAGCUUCAUGCUGAAUGAGGAGUUUGAUAACCUGAAUCUACGCAGUGCGACGGACCCCGUGCGAAGACUCAAGUACAAGACUGUGGAUGACAAGCGGAAAAAAAGAUGGUGGAAAUUGUGGAAUAAAGAGAAGGGUGCUUUUGAAGAGGAGAAAGAGCAAGACGGAGAGUCGGACGCGAAGAGCAAAGAUGUAGGGCUGCGGCGGAAAAGAUAAAGAGGGAAAAAAAGAGGGUGGGGGGCAUUUUCAUAUAUAAAUGU